CUUCGCAGGACCCUUUCAUUCAGCUGAGAUCUGAGCUGGCUCACCUGAAGUCAUCAUGAGGAUCUUUUUCCUUCUUGGUAUCUUUCUCCUCUUCAUCUGUCAGUCUACUCCAGCAAGCAGGAACCUUUAUGACUCCCUGGAAUGCUCCAAUAACCAUGGACACUGCCGCAGGCUUUGCUUCCACAAUGAAAGGCCCAUCGGCACCUGCACCAACGGACGGCAACAUUGCUGCAAAUGAAAGAGAGCAGUUGAAGAGUUUGCAAAUGAAAGAGAGCAGUUGAAGAGUUUGGGAAGCCCAAGGAAAGGAAAUGGGUCCUCCCCAAAAGCAGCAGAAGGUCUGUGGGUCCCCCCCCCCCACUCAAACUGGACUCCAGCAAAAUCAAGCAGUGUAACUGGCAUUACAUAAAUUGUGCAUUUCUAAAUAAAAAUAAAAUUUUAAAAUAAAAAUAAAAAA